CCGGACGGAGCCUGCGGGUCGGCGAGCAGCCUCUCCCGACCACAGGCGCUCACCCUUGCCUGCGCUGUGACCGGGAGCCAUGAUGCACGCGCUUGCAGACGUGUUUGGAAUCGGGUCCGCACCUAGCGGGCUCCGCAUGGCGCUCGCCCGUGUCACCUGUGCUCCGAAGAGAUAAUUCUAUUUGCAGAACUUCAUUAGGUGGAGUGCUUUCCGCGGUAUGGAAUAUUCCACUUGACUUCACACAAAACCCGCCACCUGGUCAGGACAAUCCUCCUUGUGUGGGUUGUGUUUGACUUGAAAUUGUACCUUUUUCACUCCAGCUGAUUUUGCAGGGUUUCGAGAGCAGCAUUCAUAAAUUUCCAGAAUGGAGAUCUCCUCUCACCAGUCUCAUCUCCUGCAGCAACUCAAUGAGCAGCGCAGGCAAGAUGUGUUUUGUGAUUGCAGUAUUCUAGUUGAAGGAAAGGUCUUCAAAGCGCAUCGCAAUGUGUUGUUCGCUAGUAGCGGCUACUUUAAAAUGCUUCUUUCUCAGAAUUCAAAGGAGACAUGUCAGCCAACCACAGCUACAUUUCAGGCAUUCUCUCCUGACACUUUCACAGUUAUCCUGGACUUUGUCUAUUCUGGCAAACUCUCUCUUACUGGACAAAAUGUCAUUGAAGUGAUGUCUGCUGCUAGCUUCCUUCAGAUGACUGAUGUCAUUAGUGUAUGUAAGACUUUUAUUAAGUCUUCCUUGGACAUUAGUGAGAAAGAAAAAGAUCGCUACUUCAGUCUCUCAGAUAAGGAUGCCAAUUCAAAUGGCAUAGAUCAUUCCUCUUUUUAUAGUGGCAGCUGGCAAGAAGAAAGCAGUUCUCCACGUUCGCACAUCAGCCCAGACCUAGGAACAGGUAUAAUAAGUGGAAAGCCAUGGAGUAAAUAUAAUUACCAUUCAGUCUCCCAAAGGAAUACUCAACAACCUUUGGCCAAGUAUGAACAAAGGAAAGAUUCCAUUAAAAAGACCAAACAUUUGAGAUUAUCUCAGCCUUCUGAAGUUGCUCAUUAUAAGUCAAGUAAAAGAGAAGUACGGAUAUCUGAUUCCUCCAGCCAAGUUUCGCCGCAGACUGAAGAACAAGCACAAGUUGAUGCUGAAGUGAACUCACCUCCUGUUGCCUAUCCAUAUAGCCAAGGAAAUGAAGUCACUUCCCGGAGUUUUCCAGAUGAUCUGCCCAGGAUGCGAUUCAAGUGUCCAUAUUGUACACACGUGGUGAAACGGAAAGCGGACCUCAAGCGCCACCUGCGCUGUCAUACAGGAGAGAGGCCCUACCCAUGCCAAGCUUGCGGAAAAAGGUUUAGCAGACUAGACCAUCUAAGUAGCCAUUUCCGAACAAUUCACCAGGCAUGCAAACUAAUCUGCAGAAAAUGCAAACGCCAUGUGACUGACCUAACAGGGCAAGUGGUACAGGAAGGAACCAGGCGCUACAGACUGUGUAAUGAAUGUCUUGCUGAAGUUGGCAUAGACAGCCUCCCCAUUGACUUGGAAGCUGAGCAACAUCUUAUGUCCCCAUCAGAUGGAGAUAAGGAUUCCCGAUGGCACUUGAAUGAAGAGGAGAAUAGAUCCUAUGUGGAAAUUGUAGAGGAUGGGUCUGCUGAUCUGGUCAUACAACAGGUUGAUGAUAGUGAAGAGGAAGAAGAAAAGGAAAUUAAACCCAAUAUUAGGUAGCUAUAUUAUGAACUACUAGAGCUGGCAUGUCUGCAAUCUGCAUUGACUUCCUAUAAUUCUCUCUUUCCAUGGCUGGAGUCUAGUUCACAUAUUUAUCCUACUGACUUAAAAGAAACAUUCUGAUAUAACUUGCAUGCUUUCUGAACAGGCCAUUGUAUUCAUUCUGAACUUUGUUCCUUAAAACAUGUUGCUGCACCGGAAAGAAAGACCUGGCUUGAGCUGGCAUGAUGGAUGAAUAACUGUCCUUUUAUGUUAUUAUUGAUACCUUUUCUCUUUUAAUGUUGGAAAAUCUAUUUAGCAAACUUUUUUCAAAAAAAUAUUUUAAAUAAAUUUAUCACAACCAAAC